AUGUUAGAUUGGGUAUUUAAACUUCUCCGUCUAAAUCCACGUACAGAAAAACAAUUAAAUUGGCUUAGAGAAUUAUAUUCGAGUGACACAAAUUCUGCCCCUCCUUUUUUUAAUUUAGAUUUUUGGCAGCCACCAACAAAUAUCGGAGCUUUAGUUGAUUUAACAGUAUCUCCUAUAGAUGCCCCAGCAUUUUUUGGAGAAUUGAGGCAUAGAGAAUUAGAUUAUUUGGUUAUUGCUGAUAAUCUUGAAGAGUUUAGAAUUAUUAAUUUUUUAAUAUUUUUGGCAUUAAUGAAUGGAAAGGGAGGAAGGGAGUAG